AUGUUCUUACCAAUAACAUUGUUAGUCUCUAUCAUCCUAUCAAGCAAUUUGGUAGAAGCUUGUAGCUGCAGCAAACACGAAUGGGAGCCAUUUUCAUCACGAAAGCCAGCUAUGAGUUACUUAUCAAACUUCAGGGAGCUCAACUCGUUGUCAUUUGUCACAACACAUUCGUCCUAUUCGUACUUAAUCAAGGACCCGCUGCUCCAGACCCAAGAUUUUGAGGUUAGGCUGCAAAUGAAGUACGGAGUCCGAGGACUGGACGUCGGCGUCUACUCAAGCUUAGGCUCUUUUGAAAUCUACGUGGGUGACACUGCUCUGAAUAUCACUUUUGAUGAUGUCUUGGAUGAAGUAAAUGAAUUUCUGAAUAAUAAUCCCUGGGAGCUGAUGAUUCUGAUGAUCAGUCGAGCUCACGACUCGGUUCGGCAUUCCAAGAACUACUGCAGGGUUCUAAAUCGGUAUUUGUCUCAACAAAAUGGCGGUCGGUUGGUCACCAAAUGGCAGCUGAAUGACACCAUCGGGCUCCACAGAGGAAAGAUUCUUGUGGCUAGCUUAGACCCGGCGUUUCGUGAGUGUGCUUUUCCAAUUCGUGAGAAUUGUUUGGUGAAUGAUGAUCAAGAUCUUGAUCAAGAAAAAGUGGCUAAAUUUGGAGCGGUGGCUAAGUGGAGCAGCUUGGCCAGGUUUACCAGAAUUAUGGCUCGCGGGACUUCCAAUUGUUAUGUCAAUGACGUGAGCUUUGCGUAUAAAGGUAACUUGGACCGAAAAACCCUGGCCAGAGACGCUGGCUACCGACAAUUCGAUAACAGCUGUGCCCAACCUCUUAAUCUGGAUGCUAUGGAGCUCUUCAAAAAGCCCAGAGGUUUCCUGGUGAUGCUUUUUGAUUUCAUCUGUCAAAAGGUUAUCGACACAGUCAUCGAUGCUAAUUAUGGAGAUUCUUCUUGGCGAUCUGGUUUGAAUUGA